UUGAGUUUUGUGAGCAAAUGCAAUAAAUCCCAGACUUCUGGGGCUGCAGUCUAAGAUUUAGAAGAUUUGGUGGUUUGCAAUGAUUUCUGAUUUUCUGCAGCUGAAAAACCAUGGCUGGCAGCCCGGGAUGGAGAAAAUCCCAUGUAAUUCUGUGGGGUUGGACCGUCGUCUUAUGGGGUGUUCUUCAUUUCCCCAACGUCGCCGUGUCGGCCCCACACCACCUGGGCAAAGAAUUUGUGGUGUCCUUCAUGCAGAACGGCUUGCAGCAGACCCUCAACAGCGACUUCAAGCUGCUCAUCAGAGGUUAUUCUCCCUUCACAUCCGUCACUAUCUCCAUGAAGAAGCCAGGCUUGAGGAUGACGGUGCAAGUGACCACGGGGCAAACCGUCCUCGUGAAAAUCCCGCCCCAAGCGGAGAUGGUGGGGAGCAAAACCUUCGAGAACACCGUGGUGGUGAAGGCCAACAACCCCAUCUCCUUGGUGGCCAUCAAUGAGAAACCCACCUCCGUGGAUUCCACCGUGGUCUACCCCCUCCACAGCUGGGGCACCGAAUACCAAAUCGUGACACCCAACGUGGGCACCGACCGCUAUGGCGAAUUCACGGUGGUUGCGUGGGAUGAGCCCACAGAUGUCCAGGUUCACCUCAAAGCCACGGUGACAUACCAAGGCCAAUCCUACCCUCGUGGCUCCGUGCUCCCCAUUCAACUGAAGCCUUUCCAAGCAGCCCAGCUGCAAAGCCCGGCAGAUAUGUCUGGCACCCGCAUCGUGGCACAAAAACCCGUGGCCGUCUUCACCGGUCACACGUGCGUGGCAAGACUCACCCAAUGUGACCACUUGGUAGAGCAGCUCCAACCCGUUUCCAGCUGGGGCAACACCUUCAUCGUGCCUCCGUUGCCUUUUGAUGCUCAAUCUGAUAUCAUCUACGUCUCCACAUCCCAACCCACACGUGUGGAAUCUCAACAUGGGAUGAGUAGAUCCGCUCGGGACCUCCGGGCCGGUCGCUCAACGCUCUACGGACUCCAAGCCCCAAAUACUUUGUAUCUCUCUGCCAAUGCUGGCAUCCAGGUCGUUUUUUUUGGUGACGGAGGUAACAAAGGCUCCAUCACUUACGAUCCGUUUUUUAUGACCAUCCCAGAUGUCUCCAGCUAUUGUCUAUCCCAUAAUGUCUUCGCUCUGGAGGGUUAUGAGAAUUACGUUCUACUGAUCGCCAAGACCUCAGAGGUGGCUGGGAUAAUGCUCAACAAAACGCCCUUGGGAAAUACCAUGUGGGUGCCCAUCCCGGGCACGGAAUACUCGUGGGCAAGGCAAAGUUUGGGCAGCCAGUUUGCUGUCCAUACAGUGGAGCACAAGACGUCCCCUUUUGGGGCACUCAGCAUGGGGAUCCGGGAGCAGAAAUCCUAUGGGCUGAUGGCAGUGUGUGAUAGUGAUCCGUGCCGGACCACGCAAUGCCGUGCAAAGGAAAGCUGCAAAAUGGAGAAGGGGGAAGCAGUGUGCGUCCACGACUACAUGGGAACGUGCAUGGGGUCACGGUCCCUGCAGUACCACACCUUCGAUGGGAUGGAUGUGGAUAUCCAGGGUGGUUGCACUUACACCAUUGCCAAAUAUUGUGGUGCUGAUCCCAGCCUGGUUCCUUUCCUCGUGGAGGAGAAGAAGAGUGAAGGAGAUCUCAAGGAGUGGUUGACCAACGUCUUCGUGCACGGCUACAACAUCUCCAUCCAAAUGGGAGAGGGUGGCAGAAUCCAGGUCAACAACCAACCCACCACCCUACCGGCCAACCUGCAGAAUGGAAAGAUCCAGAUCUCCCAAAACGAAGGCAGGAUCGUCCUACAGACAGAUUUUGGGCUGCAGGUGACCUACGACGAGGACUGGGCUGUCAUGGUGGCAGUGCCCAGCAGUUAUUUCGGGGCCACCUGUGGGCUCUGUGGGAACUUCAAUGAGGAUGGGGAGGAUGAGAUGAAGCUUCCCGAUGGCACCGUGGCCGCUGAUGCGACGGAUUGGGCUGAGAGCUGGAGAGAUCCCUCAUGCCUGGAGGAUUGGAGAGAGGGAGAAACACUGCAAGAAGCAGUGCAGGACACAGUGGGACAAGGGAGCCAAACGGAUGGCAAACAGUCCUGUGAACCCCAUGAGAAAUGCACUGUGGACAGAAAUGCCCCACGCCGCCGAGCCACCAAAACUUCCACCUGCAUCGGGACGGGCGAUCCUCACUACACCACCUUUGAUGGGAGGAAAUACGACUUCCAAGGGACCUGCGUCUACCAGUUUGCUGCCCUCUGCUCAUCCGACCCCGCUCUCGUCCCCUUCAACGUCACCGUGGAGAACAACAACCGGGGCAGCAAAGCUGUGUCCUUCACCAAAACCGUCACCAUGGAGGUGUACGGCGAUGUCAUCAGCAUGAGCCAGGAGCACCCGCAGAAGGUGAAGCUGAACGGGGCCUUCGUGGAGCUCCCUUUCACCCGCAAGGACCGUUUCGAGCUCUACCACAGCGGCGUCCACGGUUUCAUCCGCACCUCCUUUGGUUUACGGGUCAGCUUUGAUUGGUACAGCUACGCCCGUGUCAUCGUCCCCGACGCCUACGCCGGUGCCACCUGCGGCCUUUGUGGCAACGCCAACGGUGACCCCGAAGACGACUUCACCUCCCACGACGGGAAGCAAAUGGAAGAUGAAAUCCGUUUCGCUGACAGCUGGAAGGUCAAGGAUGUCCCCGGUUGCUCGGCGCGUUGCGUUGGCGAUUGCCCGACGUGUGGCGAAGAGCAGAAGAGACCCUAUCGUGGUGAUGCAUUUUGUGGGGUCAUCGGGGCGAGCGGGGGACCUUUCCGGGAUUGUCACCGUGUUGUUGAUCCUGGGCCGUUCCUGGAGGACUGUGCUUUUGAUGCGUGUCAGUACAAAGGACGGAGGGAUGUCAUCUGCAAAGCGGUGGCUGCCUAUAUGACCGAGUGCCAAAGCAAUGGGGCUGCUGUGGGGCAGUGGAGGACGCCGUCGUUCUGUGCCCCCGUCUGCCCUCCCCACGCUCACUACGAGCUCUGCGGUGCUGCCUGCCCUCCCACCUGCCGUCCCCACGCCCUCCCCCAGGGCUGCACAUCAGCCCCGUGCACCGAGGGCUGCUUCUGCGACGUCGGCUUCAUCCUCAGCGGCUCCGAAUGCGUCCCAGCAUCCGACUGUGGCUGCGAACACCGCGGCCUCUACUACAAGAAGGGCUCAGAGUUUUACUCUUCGUGCCAGGAGCUCUGCGUUUGCAAAGCCGGCGGGGUGACGGAGUGCAGGCCGGCAUCCUGCGGCGCCCACGAGGAGUGCAGGGUGCAGGAUGGGGUGCUGGGGUGUCACCCCGCCGGCUACGGGCGCUUGGUGGUCUCAGGAGACCCCCACUACGUGACGUUUGAUGGUAGAGCCUUCGACCUGCGAGGUUCCUGCAGCUACGUGCUGGCCAAAGUCUGCAAACCUGAGCGCGGUUUGGCCAACUUCUCGGUGCUGCUGGAGCACGACGGAGGGGGACGGGCCAACGUGGCGCUGGUGAAGAAGGUGACAGUGAGCAUCUAUGGCUACACGGUCAGCAUGGAGCAAGGACGGCGCUGGGAGGUGAUGGUGGACGGUGAGCAUUUCACGUUGCCGCUGGCGUUGGAGGACCAAAAGCUCCAAGUUGGGCAAGAGGGGACCAACCUCGUCCUGCAAACGACCUCAGGCCUCCGUCUGCUCUACAACGCAGCCACGUAUCUGCUGGUCACCAUCCCCAAGGCUUACCUGGGUCGCGUGUGUGGACUGGGGGGCAACUUUAAUGGAGAUCCCGGUGACGAUUUCCUGCUCCCCGAUGGAUCCCCGGCCAAGAGCACGGAGGAAUUCGUCAGCUCUUGGAAAACACCUUCAGCUGACGGCGGUUGCACCGAAGGUUGCGACGGGAAGCCGUGCCCUUCGUGCGAUGCUGCCGCCGUCGCUCCGUACGGAAGCGGGGAUAAAUGUGGCAUCAUCAGCGACCCAACGGGGCCUUUUGGGUCGUGCCACCAUCGGGUGAACCCGGUGCAGUAUUUCCAGCAUUGCCUCCACGAUGUUUGUGCUGCCAGUGGGGCAAGGGAUGCUUUGUGCCACAGCCUGCAGGCUUACACUGCUGCUUGCCAAGCUGCUGGUGCUGAGAUUGGAGGGUGGAGAACGGCGGCGUUUUGCCCCCUCUCCUGCCCACCCCACAGCCACUACGAGCUCUGCACCCGCACCUGUGACUUCACCUGUGCCAGUCUCUCCGUGCCAACCCCGUGCAGUUGGCCAUGCUUUGAGGGAUGUCAAUGUGACGAUGGCUUCCUCUUCGACGGCAGCUCCUGUGUGUCCCUGGAGAAGUGUGGCUGCGUCCACCAGGGGAGGUAUCUCAAGGCGGGUGAGAUCAUCACCUCCAACAACUGCACCACGAAAUGCCACUGCCACCCAUCACAGGGACUCACCUGCGAGGCCACCCGUUGUCCCCCAGAUGAGGUCUGCGUCGCUCGGGAAGGGAAACAACGAUGCCUCAAGCAGGAGGGACGAUGUCAGAUCUCUCCUGGAGCCUCCGUGACCACGUUUGACGGGGUGGGAGGAAGGCUGCCCGACAGUGGCACCUACAAAAUAGCCGCCCUCUGCGACGAGAGGUCGCCCCAUUGGUUCAAGGUGGUGGUGGAGGUCAGCGAGUGUCGGGACGAUGGGAUUCCAGCUGCUGUGGCUGUCUUUGUCUUCUUCCGUGAAGCUUUCAUCACCAUCAAUAACAACAUGGAGGUUUGGGUGAGCCAGCUCUGCCCCCAAAAGAUGGGGCAUGAGUUUAAGGUGCAAAAUUUGGGGGGGGGGACGAUGGGGGGGGAGGAGGGGGGAUUUUCCUGUUCUCUUGUGCGUACAAGGUUGCUUAUCCUUUGGGUGCAGAAUUGGAGAUUUUGGGCAUGAAUCACUCCUUCAGGAUGAGGAUAAAGGUCUUUUGAGAAGCUGCAGGUUCUCCUUCAGGAGCAGAGGUUGAAGGUCUGAAGGUCUUCUUUAGGGUAGAGAUUGAAGGUUCUCCUUUUGGGUAGAGGUUGAAGGUUUCCUUUUUGGGUAGAGGUUGGACAGAGGUUGAAGGUCUCCUUUUGGAACAGUGGUUGAAGGUCUUUUGGGGUAGAGGUUGGAGGUUUCCUUUUGGGGUAGAGGUUGAAAGUCUCCUUUUGGGACAGUGGUUGAAGGUCUUUUGGGGUAGAGACUGAAGGUCUCCUUUUGGGGUAGAGUUGAAGGUCUUUUGGGGUAGAGGUUGAAGGUUUCCUUUUGGGAUAGAGGUUGGACAGAGGUUGGAGGUUUCCUUUUGGGACAGUGGUUGAAGGUCUUUUGGGGUAGAGACUGAAGGUCUCCUUUUGGGGUAGAGUUGAAGGUCUUUUGGGGUAGAGGUUAAAGGUUUCCUUUUGGGGUAGAGGUUGAAGGUUCUCCUUUUGGGGUAGAGGUUGAAGGUUCUCCUUUUGGGACAGAGAUUGAAGGUCUCCUUUUGGGGUAGAGUUGAAGGUCUUUUGGGGUAGAGGUUGAAGGUUUCCUUUUGGGGUAGAGGUUGAAGGUUUCCUUUUGGG